CUCUCAGCUCAGAGAGCCCUGAGAGCCCACAAGAGCAACUAUUAGAGCAGAGACAGAGAGACAAACACAUAGAAGUCCCUUACUAAGAAAUAUCACAACAAAGUGAAAAGUCAAUUCAAAACAAUAUCCAUCCAAGAAGGUCAAAACCUGAUUGGAAAGUAAUUUAAUACAGAGAUUAAUCAGAAAAACAUUUGAAGAUUAAUCUGUUGUUUAAUUUUGAUGAAUUUUAGGGAAUGAGUAUAAAUGACACUUUUGAUUUUUUCUGAAAAGACAAGUGGAUCUUUACUCAUCUCUGAGAGAAAAGGAAAAACAACAGGACAACUGGAAAACACGGAGCAAGGCAGAAAACAGCGUCUUCCACGGAAUCAGCAGAAGUGUGAAGCUUUCUAAGUGAUUCCCUCCACCUGCGAGGCACCGCUCUGACAGCGUGCACCCAGCCUCUCUGCACUCCGCACCAACCACCAGCGCAGCCUCAGCCCUGCAGCUCCAGCACGAGCAGACAAUGGCUGCAGCCAAGACCGAGAUGAUCCUCCCAGCCCUGCAGAUCUCAGAGCCCCUGAGCUUCCCUCACUCCCCCAUGGAUAACUACCCCAAGCUGGAGGAGGUGAUGAUGCUCAGCUCGGCAGGGACCCCCUUCCUCACCGCCUCCGCACCCGAAGGUGCAGGCUUUGGCUCCGGGGAGCCUGGAGAACAGUACGACCACCUUGCUGGAGAUACGUUACCUGAUAUCUCCUUCAACUGUGAGAAGUCAGUGGCAGAGCAGACCUACCCCACCCAGAGGCUUCCCCCCAUCUCUUACACAGGCCGCUUCACCCUGGAGCCCGCCACCACCUGCAGCAACAGCCUCUGGGCGGAGCCCAUCUUGGGCCUGUUUACGGGUCUUAUGGGCAAUAUUGCCCCUAGCUCUUCCUCUGCUGCCUCACUGACCACCUCGUCCUCCUCUUCAUCCAUCCCGUCCUCCUCCACUUCCUCCUCUUCUACCUCCUCCUCAUCUCAGAGCUCCAGCCUCAGUUCCUCCAUUCACCACAGCGAGCCCAACCCCAUCUACUCAGCCGCCCCGACAUACUCCAGCCCCAACUCUGAUAUCUUCCCAGACCAGGGCCAGGCUUUUUCCAGCCCAGGAGCAGUGCAGUACCCUCCUCCAGCCUACCCCAAUGGCAAAACCUGCAGCACUAGCUUCCCUGUGCCCAUGAUUCCUGACUACCUCUUCCCUCAGCAGCAGGGAGAGAUCAGCCUGGUGCCCCCUGACCAAAAGCCCUUCCAGAAUCAGUCAAGCCAGCCCUCCCUCACUCCUCUGUCCACCAUCAAGGCCUUUGCCACCCAGACUGGUUCCCAGGACUUAAAGAGUGUCUAUCAGGCCCAGCUGAUUAAGCCCAGCCGCAUGCGCAAGUACCCCACCCGGCCGAGCAAGACACCUCCUCACGAGAGGCCCUACGCUUGCCCCGUGGAGACCUGUGAUCGCCGCUUCUCACGCUCUGAUGAGCUGACUCGUCACAUUCGCAUCCACACGGGCCAGAAACCCUUCCAGUGCCGCAUCUGCAUGCGCAACUUCAGCCGCAGCGACCACCUGACAACACACAUCCGCACUCAUACUGGUGAAAAGCCUUUUGCCUGCGAGAUCUGCGGACGCAAGUUUGCCCGCAGUGACGAGAGGAAGAGGCACACAAAGAUUCACCUACGGCAGAAGGACAAGAAAGCAGAGAAGACAGGAGCAGUGGCAGUAACAGCAGCGCCGGUCUCAGCCGCAUCACCUGCGUCCAGCUACCCUUCUCCCAUCACCUCCUACCCAUCUCCAGUGUCUUCAUAUCCCUCUCCCGUCACCUCUUGCUACUCCUCUCCUGUCCACACUUCCUAUCCAUCUCCGUCCAUCGCCACCACCUACCCAUCGGUGUCCAUGUCCAGCACCUUUCAGUCCCAGGUCGCCUCCUCCUUCCCCUCCUCAGUUGCCUCCAAUAUCUACAGCUCCCCCAUCCCCACCCCGCUAUCAGACAUGCAGACCACUCUCUCCCCAAGGACAAUCGAAAUCUGCUAAGGAAGAGGAAAACUUUUUUUUUGUCUCUCCGUACCUCUCCUUCCUUAAGGUUCUUUGAGGGGAAAGAAAUCAGCAUCAAAAGACUUUGUUUUCCCCUCCAAAAAGCACUUUUCUGUCUGCUCCCUGUGCAGCGUUAGGUGAAUCUUGAGAUUUACCUGAAAGAGAGAAAAAGACACAUGUCAAGGACUGGGCAAAGACAAUACAAGAUGAAAAGGGAUUUUUUUCUGUCUCUGUAAAACAAAUGCAGCACUUCAAAUGCGUAAGGGACUCAACAGAUAAGAGAAUAGAAACCGGCACUGACGGGUCUCUACUAUUAGGUACACACAAACCAAGAGACAAAGAGAUUGCCAGCAGUUGUGAUGCUAAGGCACGUUCGCCCUUGCAGGCACUAAUACAGUACAAAAGACAUUGAAUGAUAUACAUAAGCUACCAUAUAUGUAUAUUGUACAUGUGCCAUGUUUUGUUUUUAUCAUUUUUUUGGUACCAUUGAUGUGAAAAAUGAUUUGCAUAUUUGCAUUGUAUUAUUUGAAGUGAGCAGGGCCAUAUUUUCUACAUACUUUCUCUAUUAUGUAGUGAUGAUGCUGUGAUACGUUUUGACAUUGUUUGAAAAAAAGCACUUAAGUAUUCAAGCAUGAGUAAGAGUGAUGUUAGUUUCUGUUUGUAAAUAUCAUCCACUGGUACUAUCUCUUUCUCUCUUUCUCACAUGUGACAUAUCGCUCGGUUAUAUGGACAACCAGAGAGAAAACAAACAAAAAAACAUUUUUAAAAAAUUGAAACAAGACAAACACUCCCGUUAUUUGGUGCCUUUUGUGAAGCCUUGCUGAUGUGUGACUCGGCUGCGCGCAAGAGAGAGAGAGAUGCACUGCAUCUCGCCUUAAGGGUUGAGGGAAUAUUUUUGUUACAGAAUGUAAGUCAUACUCAGAGGGAGGAAAAGGGACGAGCUAUGAGGGCACCGCUUCAUUUCAUUAGAAUGUAAGCAAAAAAGGAGAAAAAUUAUAAAGUAUAUUUUUGUAAAACUUAAGUGUAAAUAUCCACAUCUUCAAGAGCUGGAAUGUUGAAGUUACCUACUGAGUAGGCAUGGGAUUCUUUUGUAUGUUAUAUACAUGCAGUUCAUUAUUUUGUGGUUAUCUUUAUUUUGUAUUUGUGUUUGUUAAAACAAGUGACUGUUUCUGGCUUCUAAACACAUUGAAUGCGCUUAACUGCCAAUGGGAUAUUUGGUGUACAAGAUAUCCUCCCAGAAAUAAAAUAUAAAUAAAAAUAUAAAUAUAUAUGUA